AGGGGAGGACGCAGCACACACACACACACACGCAGCACACACACAGACAGGGCAGGUUGCCGCUCUCCUCAUCCCACCCUGGACGCCAAAUGCCUGCAGAUGACCUCACUGACUCUCAAAUACAUACCGAGAGAGAUGUGUGUGUGUGUUCUCCAAAAAUGCCAAAGGUCCCUGGGCAUAUCAGCGUCCUCCCAUUCACACACACGCACCGCCUUCUCACACAAACGUGGCCUUUGAGGAGAAAAGUGUUGGAUUCUGGACAAAGAAUUUCUACCAUUCAGCGUCACAGACCAACUUCAGAUAGAAACCUCAGCCUGCAGGAGGCUCUACAGCUGUUCAGGCCAGACUUCAUAAGUCGAUCUCAGAGCCGAAUGAAGCGAUUGGAGCAGAGGGUCCUGGAGAGGCGGGCCCUUUACAACAAGCCCCUCCCAUGGGGGGCAUGGCAUGUUCAUAGAGGCCAGAACUGCACAACACCACACCCCUUAAGUGAUAAUCUCUAUAAACCACAAGAGAGAGCCAUCUCUGGAAAGGAAAUGCAGCUUCGAUCUCGACGGAUGUACAACAGGUUGCCAGAGGUUGCCAACAGGAGACAGCAGGAACAAAGGAGAGUGAUGUCACAGACCAACCGCCUCAGAGCAGAGGUCUUCAAAAAGAAACUUCUGGAUCAAGUCCUCCAGAGAAACACAGACUGAUCACCUGCUCCGUAACACACUAACGGAACCAAAUGAUCACCUGCUCCGUAACACACUAACGGAACCUCUGGAUCACCUGCUCCGUAACACACUAACGGAACCUCUGGAUCACCUGCUCCAUAACACACUAACGGAACCACAUGACCACCUGCUCCGUAACACACUAACAGAACCUCCUGACCACCUGCUCCGUAACACACUAAAGGAACCAGAUGACCACCUGCUCUGUAACACACUAACGGAACCUCUGGAUCACCUGCUCCAUAACACACUAACGGAACCUCUGGAUCACCUGCUCCAUAACACACUAACGGAACCUCUGGAUCACCUGCUCCAUAACACACUAACGGAACCUCUGGAUCACCUGCUCCGUAACACACUAACAGAACCUCCUGACCACCUGCUCCGUAACACACUAACGGAACCUCUGGAUCACCUGCUCCAUAACACACUAACGGAACCUCUGGAUCACCUGCUCCAUAACACACUAACGGAACCUCUGGAUCACCUGCUCCGUAACACACUAACAGAACCUCCUGACCACCUGCUCCGUAACACACUCACGGAACAGCCUGACCUUACAUCUGACCAGGGAGAGAGACAGGACUAAAUGUGUGUGUGCUGAGCUCCUCUGUCUAACCCUAACCCUUGUGUCCCGUUGUAACGCAACAGGCCCGUCAGUGCUUUUAUUUCAAUAUAUUGGACUACUGAGAGGAUCUUAGAACUUCCUUUUUAAUUUCAAUAGAUUGGACUACUGAGAGGAUCUUAGAACUUCCUUUUCCUGCAGCGCUGUGUGGUUCAGAAAUCCUUUUCCAUCUCGGAGUCCCUUCGCCAGCCCAUUGGGAAUCACUGGAGUCUAAAUGACAACCUUUAUCUGGGGCUUUAUUUGGAAAAUUACUGCAUAUGAUCCCACUGGCAUAAUGGAACUGUUUCACAUAAAGAUUACAGAUGACAAAUGUGGGGAUGUGGGGUUUAUGCACAAGUGUGUGUGUGUGUGUGUGUGUGUGUGUGUGUGUGUGAAAAAUGG